GGUUAAAACAGUCAGUUGGUGCAUAGUGGCACAUGAGAUACUUUACACACUCAAUACUUCAGUACUAGUAGCAACCUGCAAAUCUUACAUUUAGGGUCUUCUUCAGUGGGUAGUGAUGACUGGAAGAUGAUGGGAGUGUUUGUGCUCUGUGUUUUUGCAGCCGUGUUCAACUACCUCUCUGCCUCGACAGAAGUCUGCACCAAUGCCCUACUACCUGGAGCUAAAGGAGAUCAAGGUGAGAUUGGAGAGGAAGGAGAUCAGGGAAAACUGGGAAAGAAUGGACCACCAGGACCUCCAGGAUUGACAGGAGAGAAUGGGCUUGUGGGAGAGGUGGGGCACACAGGAAAGAUGGGGCCUUCUGGAGAAAAAGGUGAUAAAGGUGAUAAAGGUUUGGAUGGGCCUUCUGGAUUAAAAGGGAAACAAGGCACAACAUGUGACUGUGGCAGGUACAGGAGGGUGGUUGGACAGCUGGAUGUCAAUGUGGGCAAACUGAGAAAUGCUGUCAAGUUUGUGAAGAAUGUCAUCUUGGGGCUGAAGGAAACAGAAGAGAGGUACUACCUGUUGGUGAAGGAGCCCAAGAGGUUUAGAGAGGCUUCAAUGAACUGCAAGCUAAGAGGAGGCACCCUGGCCAUGCCAAAAACCACCAACACCAACCGUCUCAUGGCAGACUAUGUCAGUCAGGCAGGACUGACGAGAGUUUAUAUAGGAGUACAGGCUCAAAGCAAAGACACAGAUGGAACAAGCAGUUAUGUUUAUGCAGACUCCAGCCCUCUGCAGGGGUUUGCAGCUUGGAAUCAAGAUGAUCUCAAUUCCAGAAUAUCUCCUGCCACAAACUCAAGCUGUGUGGAGCUGCUCAGCACUGGGACAUGGAGUCAUGUGGAGUGUGAAGCCACCAUGUUUUUUAUUUGUGAGUUCCCGAAGAGCAGGAGAAGAGGAGGAGGAAGAGGGAUACCUGCCUCAGCAUCAUCAUGAGUCAAUAAGGUGUUCAGAUGUGUGAGACAUACAUAUACAUAUAUAUGCUGGUGUGUAGAAUUGGCAAUUAUUGCAAUAAUAAAAAGUAACUAAAAUGAAAAAUAAAUUGCCUGUGUAAUCAGAUGAUGUUGCUUUCCUUAAUGUUUGUGUUGUCUACAGGUUGGUGGCAAGUAGUUGAUGUAAAAUACAUUUCAGUGGCUAAUAUCUUCGUGUUUAACUGAAUGUAAGCGCUAAAUUCAUACAGCUUUCUAAGUCGUUUGUUUUGUUUUUGGCUGAUUGAUUGUUUGGUUGAUAAAAUGUCAGAAAACACUGGAAAAAUGAAAAAAUCACAAUUUCUCAAGGUGAUGCUUUAAAUGAAAAGGAGGGGAACCAUGUGCUAAAAAGAGAGAUAAUAUAAUAUCAGUUAAUAUGUGCACAAAUACGACCAACACAGUAAAGCUUUGGAUCAGCAGCUCCUCUGGAUUGCAACACAUUUCACCCCCUCUUCCUCAGACAGGAUCCUGCAGGAUUCAGAGUAGCUGCUGAUGUAAGCCUUUCCUGUGUUCUUCGUGCCACUGUGUGCCUGUGUUUGUGCACAUACAGCACUGAGCAUAUUGAAGUUUCUUACUUUUUGCAUGCAACAACUGCCCUUCUUUCUGAGUAUUAUCACUAAAGCCUUUUUCCACUCUUUCUAAUGGAUUCAUGGAUUCCUGUACCAACUAAAUGAAGAAUCAUCAGAUUGUUGCAGCAUUGGUUUUAACAGACUAAGUGAAACAAGAAAUAAAAAAUAGA